AUGGGGUUGGGGCGACGAGACUCACGAGGAGGAGGUGUCGGCGGUGGGACGAGGAGCGCUGCCGCGGAAGUUGCCGUGGCGAGAGGUGGUGGAGCUGCCGCUGCGACGGUGACAAUGGAGUUUGCAGUGGACUGCGGCGUGGCGACUGCCCCCACCAGCCCCCCGUGGGGGAGCGGAGAGGAGGGACGCGAAGGCGCAGAGGCUGCUGGACUCAACCUCGACCUUGAUUCUUUUUGGCAGCGCGCCAGGCUCCUCCUCCGGCUCCUGUGUCAGGAUGGCGGUGGCUCCAUGCUUGGAGGAAUCGGGUCCACCAUUGCUCAAGGUAUGACAUUUGGUACUGUUAGUGCCAUGGCACACAGGGUUGUUGAUGCUGUAUUGGGUCCCCGGACCAUUCAGCAUGAGACUGUUGUCUCAGAGGCUGCUGCUCCAGCGAUGGACACUGAUGCUUGCAGCAUCCAUUCUAAGGCCUUCCAAGAUGAGCACGGUGAGACUGAGGAGUUCUUCACUUCAUAUGAUGAAGUUUUUGAGAGUUUUGAUGACAUGAGCCUCCAAGAGAAUCUUCUGAGAGGCAUUUAUGCUUAUGAUCUUGAGAAGCCUUCUGCAAUUCAGCAGAGAGGAAUUGUUCCCUUCUGCAAGGGGCUUGAUGUCAUUCAGCAAGCACAAUUCAUGCGCGCGCUUGGUGAUUAG